AUGAACGGCCAGCCAAUACCCGGCUACUUCUGGGACGCAGAGAAGAAGAAAUACUUCCGGAUCCAAACCCAAACCGCAGCCCAAGGAUCAAAUCUCAAAUAUUCCUCAGCAAAUAUCAAGAAGACAGAGCGCAAAGAGCGCAUCCAGAAUGUCGCACUCGCGCGUUCCAAUAAGCUUAAAAAGGAGCGGGUCGUCAGGCGCAACACGAACAGCUUCGCCCAGACAAACAUCGAUAGGGAAAUCGGCCUGAAAAGACGGUCACGCUAUGUCCACGGUCUUUGGCCUGACGCAUGCGCAGCCGGCAUUCAAGAACGUCCCGAAAAGGUGCUACCUCCAUGUGGACUCCGACUCUUUGCCAAAGACCCAGUACAUCACACGAUAUACGCAGUCCAAGUCUCCUCGUUGUCCUUUCUACCGGCAACCGGCGCGCUUGCGGUGACGACGUAUGGCUCUGAUCGACCGCCAGAAGUAUGGCUCAGCGACCCGGGACGCGAUGAUCCUUACGUGGGGCAGAAGUUCACACCGAAAGACUGUUCAGCUAUCUGGGGUGCUGCUGCCAGACCAACGACGUUCACGGCAUCACCAGGUCUCGCAAACAGUGUCGCAGCGACCUGGACCGAACAUCUCGCAGUUGCAGCCUCGAGUUCGAUGCUUCUAUUCACUCGCUCACAGGGAGGUGCAUGGGACUCUCAAGCUGUAGUUAAGUCACUUGAAUCAGACCUUCUGGCCUUGGAGUGGAUAUCAUAUACUACCGUCGCGCUCGGCUGCCGAGAUGGAACUAUCCGGCUAUACGACACAAGAUCGGGGGGCUCAAGUCACGUCUUGACACAUCCAGCGCCCAUCGCAAAGCUCAAGCGUGCCGACGACGAGACUAGAUUGAUAUGCUCGGGGCUUAACGACACGCUUUUCCUCUACGACAUCCGCUCACCUCGCUUAUCUCGGAACUCAUCACGAAAGAUGUUCAAUUACGACAACCACCACUACAACGAGGAAUAUUUCAAGAACCUGUAUCCGACUCAUCGCGACAGUCACAAACGCCGCAAGCUCAACCACAAAGCUUUCAAGAACUGGUCGCAGCCAGUCAUGACUUUUGCCCACCUGAACAGAGACGAGCUAGAACUGGACAUCGAUGUAUACCCAAGACUCGGACUUCUAGCAGCAGCUCAAGACACAACGGAAGGUACAGUGAUCCGGAUCAGCAAUAUCUGGACGGGUAAAUCUGUUAAAGAGAUUGAUCCAGGCAGCACGCACCAGGCCAAAAUCCGCGCACUCAAAUUCAUUGAAAGCGGCUUUGACGGCAAUGUUGACCUUUGGUCGUGUUGGGAAACAUUUGCUGCAAUUAUCCGCUGCGUCCCAAGUCCCAAAGCCGCGAAGAACAUCAUGUCGAAUAUCGAUCUCGAAAAGUGCACCGCCACUUACUCAUCCACCAGAGCUCUCCCCAGUACCAACCCCCGCACCUCCAACAUCAAGAUGAGGUUCCCUAUCCUUAUUGCGUAUAUCGGUCUCUACGUCGGAACCUAUUACCUCAGUCCCACUGGCCCUGGAUCCGAGCACCGCGACGGCGACUCCGGACGUAUACCACCUCUGGCCAUCGUGCUCACGCUACUCGGCCCUGAACUCAUUCAGAAAGCGUUUGCUGUCACGACUGCAAUUUCGAAGACAGAGUCUCCAUGUUUCGGUUUCGGGUGGUUGGCUUAUAGCUUGUCACUCUUGUCGUCAGUCACGUCUAUCAGUGGUGAUGUGAUGCCGAAACCGGAGUGCGAUGUGAAGGUUCUGGACAUGAGCACGGGGAAGAGACGGUCGAACAAGGAGUUUGCUGUUGCAAGGCUGCUUCGCGACCUGGAGUACCGCUCUACCUCCACAUCCGUUGAGAGCUACAUGGAUCCAAGCAGCGAUAUCGUUGUCGAAAUCCUCCAACCCACUGGUAUAUCCUCCGCUUCCACUUCCUUCAGAAACCUACUCCAGAGUGGCAGCUUGAUGACCGUAAUCCUCCAAUUCUGUCUCGCCGGCGCAUUCUGGUUCUACUACGGAGACCUCUCACCACUCCUGCUGCUCAGCAUAUCAAUCUUGCUUAUCGAAGCUACAGCCAGCCUACCCGUCUGGACUGCUCAGAAGACCGCUUCCUCUACCCGGAAUAGUCGGGACGGCACAUACGCAUUGAUGCGCGACACCGACUCCCCACCCAGCCACAUCUACAUCAUCCAGCCCUCCCCAACGGCAUCCACCAACGCCGAAGGCAUGACCGCACAUCACGACACAUCCACCAACGCCUCAAACCCCUGUGUAUCACCCAUCAUCCUCAUCGCCGGCGCUUUCUUGAGCCAAGCACUCCUGUACACCCAGCUCUCAGAUAAUGCAGCGAUUGCUAUGCUGCUCAUCAUGUUCGUUGGUACGAUCAGUAACAUUGCUAUCGUUGCUGUGCCGCGCGUGCCACAGGUCGAUGGCGCGGAACUAAGAUCUGUUGGUGUGAUGAAGGGGGAGGGGAGUGUUGUGGAGGUUUUGAAGGGGGUUGAGGCGGCGUUCGAGGGAUAUGGAGACGUGCUACUGAAGCAGUGUUUCCCUGAGAUGAUCGGGAACUGGGAAAGUGGAAUCGAGAAGGUGAAGAUGGGGGAGAUGGAUUGA